GGAGAUGAGGAGCAGCGUCUUCGAUGAGGUCCGUUCUAGGGUUGGCUUCGUGGGCCGUGCUUCUCCUCUUCCUCUCCGGGCGCAUUCCCUCCAAUCCCGCGGCAAUCAGCCACUCGCGGGGAAGAGCGCUCCUUGAUCUCGCGCUCGCGCAGCCGGCAGCCGCCCCAAAUCACUUGAUCGGCAGCGGCGGCUGUGACAGCCCAGGGAAAUCUCACGAUGCGUGUUCCUUCGUCAAGGCUCACGCCCGCGACUGCGCGUCGGGGGGCGCCAUCGAUUACACGCGGAUCUUCUUCUGCCGCUUUGGAGCUCUCCCAUGGCUGGGGCAUUUGCUGCUGGGCAUUUGGCUCGCCUCGCUCUUCUACAUGCUGGGCAACACCGCCGCCGACUACUUUUGCUGCUCGCUCCAGAAGCUCUCCAGCUUGCUCCAUCUCCCUCCCACCGUCGCGGGGGUCUCCUUGCUCCCUCUCGGCAAUGGAGCUCCGGACGUCUUCGCCAGCAUCGCGGCCUUCGUGGGAGCUGGAGCCGGCGAAGUUGGCCUCAACAGUGUUCUUGGAGGAGCGGUGUUCGUGACUUCGGUGGUGGCGGGGCUCGUCUACGUGAUCACUGCCGGGAGAGCUUCUUCCUCCGUCCAGCUCGAUCGCCACUGCUUCAUCCGGGACGUUUGCUUCUUCCUCGUCACCCUCGCGAUCCUCACGAUCAUUCUCUACGUUGGGAGGAUUAGUUUCUGGGGAGCUGUGGCCUUCGUCUCGAUCUAUCUCGUCUAUGCCAUCACUGUGGCUGCCUCGGAGGUGAUCAAGAAGCAAGCAUCCAAGCUACGGUGGCUGCCCAUGCAAGCCGUGGUUCACGACGAGGAUCCAGAGAACAACUGGUACACACCGCUGAUGGAUCCGGAUUCUUCCGGGGCGACGAGCAACCCGAUCGAGAUCACGUUGCCGCAGUGGAGGUGGGCUUCUCACGUAGCGAUCUACGCGCACCAGCAGCCAGUCGAGGAGGCUGUUCCUCGCCCGCUCUGGGGAUGGAGCGAGCAGCAAGAGGAGCACGAGUCUUCUCGGAACUGGAAGAGCUUUUUCCACAGGCUCUUCAAGAUGGUGAUCGACUGGCCGCUCACUAUUCCCAGGCAGCUCACGAUUCCUCUCGUGGAGGACAAGCGAUGGUCUCGUCCGGUGGCAGUGGCGAGCGUCACUCUAGCUCCGGUUCUCCUCGCGUUCCUCCUGAGCGCCGGAGUUUCGCCCUCCAGCGCCUUCUACGUCUACUCCUGGGGAUUUGGCAGUGGAGCUGUGCUCGGCCUGGCGGCUUUCUUCGUCACGACCCCGGAUCAUCCUCCUCGGAGCUUCGUCUUUCCCUGGGUGGUGGGAGGGUUCCUCAUGAGCAUCGUCUGGUUCUACAUCAUCGCCAAGGAGCUCGUGGCGGUUCUCGUCAGCCUGGGGGUAAUCCUGGAGAUCGACUCGUCGCUGCUGGGCUUGACGGUGCUGGCGUGGGGGAACUCGAUGGGCGAUCUCAUGGCCAACGUCGCCAUGGCUUCCAGUGGAGGUGAUGGAGCUCAGGUGGCGGUAUCGGGCUGCUAUGCGGGGCCGAUGUUUAACACUCUGGUUGGGCUGGGGAUCUCGCUGCUGCUGGCGAGCUUGAAGACGUAUCCAGCGUCCUUCGUCGUCCCCAGCGAUCGAAGCUUGUACUACACCAUUGGCUUCUUGGUGGUGGGAUUGAUCUGGACGCUGCUACUUCUUCCGGGGAGGAGGAUGCAACCCAGUCGAGCGCUGGGAAUUGGGCUUCUCGUGCUCUAUUCUUCGUUCUUGGGGAUGAGAGUUUUUCAAACUUUUGUUCACUGAAAGAAGAAAGCCAUUGCUAUUGUCUAU